CAAUCAUUCUCUUAUUGCAAGUAAAUGAAAUGUUAGAACCCUAUCGGACGCUCGGCCUAGUCAAUGGCAAUACCGCCAAACCCUUCUUGCAACGCCGUUCUACAGAAUACUUUAUCACUUGUGCAAUAGACUCAGUCUUACAGUUGUAUGAUAUAUCCAAAUUGAGAUUAAAAGGAUGUUCUCCUAUUCUCGUUUGUGGUGAUACAGAGACCGUCAUUAAGAGCAUAGUCUGCUGGAAAGAUUGGACGUAUGUCGCUUCCUUCGAUACCAUUUUGGUAUUUUAUCGCUUGCAAUUGAAGGAGAAUUGGAAGGAACAUACGAAAGAAAUUUCUCACUUGUUAAUAUUUGGUACUGUGCUGCUAAGUGUUUCUUCUGCAGAACAAAGAGUCAUUGUGUGGGAUCUGACUUCACAUGAGAAAGUUGCAGAGUUUUAUUUAUCCGUAGGCUUUGUAGUUACUUGUGUUGAACAUCCAGAAACUUAUCUCAACAAAGUAUUAUUAGCAAGUGAACAAGGUCAUUUGCAGCUUUGGAACGUACGCUCUUGUCGCUUGCUUUAUGAAUAUGAAAGUUUUGGUUCUACUAUUACGAGUAUGCGUUCUACGCCAGCUCUUGAUAUUGUCGCUUUGGGUCUCGCAGACGGCCGUACAAUAUUAUUCCACCUUAAAAGAAACCAAACCGUCAUGGAAUUUUUUCACCAGAAAAGUAAUCAAAAUGUGAAUACGAGUCUCUCAAGGAAUCAUCUUUCUAUGGAUCAAAUGCCUUUUGAUGGCUGUCCUGUAUUGGAUAUUGCGUUUCGUUCCGAUGGCUAUUCUGAAAUGGCAGUUUCUUAUUCUGAUGGUUCCAUCGUAUUCUUUGAUUUGAAGCAAAGAGAAGUAAAAUACAAGUUAAGCAAAGUUCAUUUAGGAGGUGCUUGGUUUAUCCAGUAUUUACUUGGUGAACCUUUGUUGGUAACUGCUGGACAACGAGAUAAUUGCAUCAAAGUUCAUAUAUCAGAUAGAGUUAUGGAACCUCCCAGACUAUUGCGUUUUAGAGAAGGACAUAUGAUGCCUCCCAUUCGUUUACGUUUUGCAGCAGAUAAUCCUCGAAUACUUCUUUCUUGUAGUAUAGAUCGAGAGUUGCGCCUCAUAUCCCUAUUUCGAGAUGCCCAAAGUAAAGGACUUUCACAACAAGUAUCAUCUUUGAUUGGAGGAAAGAGAAAGAGAAAGCAUUUAAGGAAACAAAAAGGAAUAGAAAUUGGAGCUCCUUUGCGCAUUCAAGAAGAUGUUCGAGGCAUACUUCCUCGCAUUUGUGCGAUUGCAGUAGGAUCUCUUAGAGCUCGAGAUGCUGAAUUUGCAGAUAUUGUUACCUGUCAUGAAGGUUGUUUGGAAGCAUAUUGUUGGAAAUUGGAAAAUGGUACUCUUACUCAUAAAGUGUUAUCCAGAAAGCUAUUAACAAAGGAUGCCUUUCAUAAGAAUUCUGUUGGAAAGAAGAAGCAUUCGGGAUAUCGUUUAGAACAAGCUAAUUGUGUUGCAAUAUCUCCAUGUGGGAAUUUCGCAUCUAUUGGUACCGAUUUAGGAAUGUUGGACUUGUACAAUCUACAAUCAGGUUCAUAUAGAAGUUCCUGGACAGAUGAUCAGUGCUCUUCAAGAGCUCAUUUACUUGCAGUUACUGGGGUUGAAUUUGAUAAUCUUGGUGAGACACUUGUUUCUGGAAGUAUCGAUGGGUUGUUGAAGUUUUGGAGUCGACAGGAACUCAAGUUGUUGUAUACCAUAGAAAUAGGCAUUCCUAUUGUGCAAGUCGUUUGGGGUUAUGUUUGCAAUUUGUUAGCCAUACUUUGUGAUAAUUUUGAAAUUCAUUUGGUUGAUCCUGAAACGAAACAACUUGCUCGUCGUUUUAUAGGGCAUCAAGGUCCUUUAACGGAUGCUCAAUUUUCGGGAGAUGGAUACUUUUUAUUAUCGUCAUCUUUAGAUGGAAGUUUAAGAGUUUGGAAUAUUCAGUUGGGUCGGUGUGUGGAUAUAUUUGAAUUUGAACACGCUCCUAUUUCUAUUGCUUUUUCUCCCAACAAUGACUUUAUUGCAACUUGUCAUUCCAACUGUAUAGGCAUUGCAUUGUGGUCUAAUCAACAUCAUUUCAAAACAAAUGCAGUCGAAAGCCAUUCUUCCGUUAUAACAAACUCAAAAGAACUUUUAGGUAGACUUCCACAUAUUGGAGAAUUUCAAUGGCGUUCUCCAUUGUCCAUUCAGAAUACUCUUCAGGAUCAUCUUAAUAGGAUGCCAAAGAAGGAGAAUUUAUCAUCUUUUACUUUAUCAGGAAAACCUCUCCAUUAUUUACUUACUCUUGUGAAUUGGGAUAUUGUGAAGAAACGUAGUCAGCCACAACAACCAGUGAAGAAACAAGCAGAGGCACCUUUCUUUCUAUCAUCUCAUGUAUUGGGAAAGGAAUCUACUUUGGAUACUUUUCAUUCUACUGAAAAUAUGCAUCAGAAAAUGAGUGAUCAUAACGCUUACAGUUUGACCGCAUCUCAGUUGAUGGCAUGCCUUUAUCAAGGAGGAGAUAUGGAUAAUCUAAAUGAUGGCAUUCGAGAUGAAGAAGCUUUGCAACUGUUGAGAAAAAUGAAUCCAACGAGCAUUGAGUUGGAAGUGGAAGGAUUGAAAGACUAUGAUAAUGGCAAAGAAUGUCGUUUGUUUUUAGAAUUUCUCAUUCGUCAGUUGCAUGCUAGGAGAGAUGUCGAUCUUAUAGAAUCUGUAUUAGCAGUAUUUCUCAAAAAACGAGGUUUAGAACUUAUUUCUUUCGCAGAAAUAGGUAAAGAGUUCCAUGAAGCCUUACAAGUACAAACCGAGGUAAUGGACCAAUUGGAAUCUCUUUUAGAUGAAAUCGAUGGAUGGACCGAUGGAUUGUCAUGGAUUUCUUAAUUGUCUGGAAGGAACGCAUUCCAACCCAUUAUUUUGAUUGGAAUGAAAGAAUCAUUAUAAGAAAGAAUAAUAUAAUAUGGACCAAGAACAGACAAAGUUCCGGGUAACUUGUUAUAAACCAGUAAACACUAUGACUACUUUCUCUCCUACUACUCUAGCUCCGUAUACGCUUGUCAAGGUGAUAGGAAAUAACCGAACAAAGAGUCUUUGGAUUGGUCAGUUGGGUUUGGUUGUGGGUCAUCAUGCAUUGGGUGGUUGGCACAAAGUAUUCUUAGACUUGAAUAAUAACAAGCCUAUAGUGAAGAUACAAAGAAACGCACUGAGAGUAGUGUAUUCGCAUGAUAAAUGGGAAAACUUGUUCAAUCAACUAAAACAAUAUCGAAGAUGGAUAUCGGAGAAAAACAAAAAACAAGCGAUUCCCAAAAAACCAAAGCCUUAUCAGUCGAUAUCAUUUUCUGCUUCCGAUUUAGGUUGUUUUUCUAAAAGUUUCAUUUGGGAGAAGAAUAGUUUCAGUCCAACUGCAACUAGGCAUACUUGUCUUUCUUAU